UCCAUGUCUCUUGCUCAAAAACCUCACAAUCUGGAUAAGAAGAGAAGAUAAGGGACACGCGUCAAAUCUCCAACACCCUAAAACAUUUUCUUCUUUUCUUUCUGAGUUACUACUAAACACACAAAACUCUUCUUCACUGUCUCUCUUUUACAUCUGUCCCGACAAUGGCUUCAGCUUCAGCGACAGCUACUCUUCUCAAACCCAACCCUCCUCCGCCGCAUAAACCUACCGUCAUCACCGCCUCCGUAUCUCCUCCUCUUCGCCACACCCUCCCCCGCCGCGAUUUCCUCUCCUUAACCGCCGCAUCAACGCUCCUCCUAACGCAGUCAAUUCAGUUUAUAGCUCCGUCGCCAGCUUCUGCCGCCGAAGACGAAGAGUACGUGAAAGACACGUCGGCGGUGAUCUCGAAAGUGCGGACGACGCUCUCGAUGGAGAGGACGGAUCCGAACGUGGCGGACACGGUGGCGGAGCUGAGAGAGGCGUCGAACUCGUGGGUGGCAAAGUACAGGAAAGAAAAAGCGCUACUGGGGAAAACGUCGUUCAGGGAUAUGUACGCGGCGUUGAACGCAGUGUCGGGACAUUACGUGAGCUUCGGACCGACGGCUCCGAUACCGGCGAAGAGGAAGGCGAGGAUUCUCGAAGAGAUGGAGACUGCUGAGAAAGCUCUGUCAAGAGGAAGAUAAAUUCACAAUUUCUUACCCAAAAAUGUCGAUCGAAUUAAUAUAUGAGCAGAGAAACUUGAAUGUAAUUUUUUGAUAAUUACAUUACUUAAAUUAUCAUUCAUAAUGAAGGAUUACAUAUUUUUUCUCUC